CAGUACUAUUGAGUAAUGGCCCAGUGAAAGAAUGCAGAUGCGUGUCAAAAUUGAUUGUGCGUGGGCGUUCCGUUCAAUUACUCUUCUGCGCAUGUGCGAAUGAUAGUUCCGGUGGGCGUGACGGACAAUUUCACAUGACCGUUGUCGACCGGAUCGGAGGACUCUCGAGCAGCUUUGCUAGCUACUAACUCUGUAAACAAGGCGACAAGAACGUCAUGGCGGCCAGUUGGGAGUGUCCAAGUCUUCCUAUGCUGAACCUGCCUCUCAAGGAGACGGGAAAGACCAGUUUUCUGGGAUUGAAACCGCUAAUAGGAGCACACUACGAGGAGAACCCUGACACUUUCUCUGAUGAGAUCAGACAGCUCGACCAGCUCAGAGAGCACUCCACAAAGCCCACAAGAGACUACAAUGGAUGCAGUGUCCUGCGUCGAUAUUUCGCACAGCUGCAUCUCCUCAGAGCCAGGUUUCCUCCAGAGACUGUCGGACAGAUCCCCGUGGACUUUGCCUGGAGAGAUGUACACAGUGGUGCGGAGUACCUCCAGGAAGGAUUCCAAAUAGAGCAAGCCUCUGUUCUAUACAACAUUGCUGCUCUACACUCGCAGCUGGGUAGCCACGGCAAAAGAGACACCGAACAGGAGAUGAAAGAGGCUGUGACCCACUUCCAGUGUUCAGCGGGAGCACUGUCCUACCUCGAUGAGCAUUUCGCCAUCAACCAUGCCAGCAAGGACCUGUCUGCAGAGUUUGUCUCUUUCUACAACAGCCUCAUGCUGGGCCAAGCUCAGGAGUGUCUGGUUGAGAAGAGUCUGAAGGGAAUUGGUAGAGUGAAGAACAUCACCAUUUCUCGGCUGGCCACCCGAGUCUCAGAGUUCUAUAGCAGGUGUAUCAGUCUCCUGGAGGGUGGAGCCUGUGUGGUCAUAGCCAAGAAGAACAGGGACUGGCCAAAACUACUCAAGUUCAAGGUCUUCUACUACCAAUCCAUAGCACAUUACUACCAGGGAGCUUGCGCAGAGGAGAUUGGCAAGUAUGGAGAACUGAUUGCUCUCCUCCAACUGACGGUGCAGAGGCUCACGGCAUCACGGGAAGCCCGCCCAAGGGAAUGGGGGACAUGAUGAAGCCAGCGAGACAGAACUUUGCCGACCACGUCACCGACAAGCUCACGGUCGCCAGGAGACAGAACGAACAGGUCUACCACGACCCUGUUCCCCCGCUGGAAACACUGGAGCUCACGGCAGGAGCUGACCUGGUGAAGCCGAUGUCGUUCCAUCCCACUGACCCCAAGAACUUGGGAACGGACAUCUUCUCUCGUCUCAUUCCCAUGCGGGCCCACGAGGUGGCGUCCAUCUUCAGUGAGGAGAAGGCGAAGCUGAUGAGGUCCAUCAUGUCCUCCGUAGAGGAGAAAGAUGAGGAACUACAGCAGUAUAUGAGGUCGCUGAAUGCUACUGAAGUAGAGAAAAUCCAUGAAGACUCUCCAACCAUUCCUGACAAUGUCCUGAGACUCCACCAGUCUCUACAGGGAAGAGUGGAAGAAGUCAGAAGACUUCACGCCAGCUGCCAAGAGCUCAUGUCCAUGUCCCGGAGUGUGGAGGAAGACUUUGCUGCCAUUAGAGAGACCAAGAGAACCGAGGAGGAAGAGGAGGAAAAGUUCCAGAGUGAGUUUGGAGCGAGACCAGCGUCGCAGGUGUGCAGUAGUAUGUGGAAAGAGAUGGACAACUACCAUGGCUACAACCUCCAGGCACUGAAGUCAAACACGGAGCUGAAGGCAAUGUUUGACCAGCACUACCCCAACCUGGUCCUGCUCACCAGUCCCCUGGGCUCCCUGAAGGCCUCCCUGCCCAAGAUGACACUCCUUGAUACUCCAGCUGAAGAGGCAUCAGAAAGUGAGAGAUGGCAGCAGCUUCUGGAAGAGGUGGAUAAGAUGACUCAGCAGCGACAGGUCCUGGUGGCCCGGUUCAGACAGCAGAUGAACAGCGAUGACAUCACCAAGAACCUGGUGGGUCACCUGGGCAACGACCACGAGGUGUUUCUGGAGGACCACUUGAGGCAGUUCAAGGAGGUGGCGGCCAUUAUAAGACAGAACCUCACCGCCCAGGAGAACAUUCUCACAGCUCUUACUGAAGCCAAUGCCAAUAAGGCAAGCACUCGCCAGACUGUUCAGGAAAUUGCUCAGCAACAGCAGGCGAUGUUUGCCAGUCUGGUAAAGUCUGGUGGAUUUCUGAAGCUCCUGCAGACAAAAAUACAGGAAGGAAUUGUGUUCUACCAGAAGCUGCAGGCGAGCGUGUCGCGACUGAGAAAGAGAUCGGCUGAGGUUUGCGAAGCUCGCAGGAGAGAACGACAGAACAUGGAGAGACAAAGAGGGUCUACAGUUCCGGAGGUGACCUCCCCCAGUGCUCCUCCAUCUGUCCCUGCUGCACCAGCUCGCCCCCCAAAGAAGGCGGAGCUUGCUGGAAGACCCCUCCCACCAGAGCAGCAAGGUCUUCCACCACUCCAUGGGACCAUUGGUAUUAACAAUAUCAGUGGUGGCCCGGGGGGAGAUGCUGCUCCAUUAAAUGCCCUCCAACCGACCCCACAGCCUCCGGACCUCCAAGAACUGCAACAGGUUCAAAUGCAGCAACAGCAGGCAUUGCUCGGCGGACUAAGAUCCCCUACUUCUUCAGAAUCCCAACAAUUAGGGAACUCAAAUCCUCCUAAUGUCGUCGUCCCUAGUGAAACGGUGCCCCAGUCUCCACCAGUACCCCAGGUACCUGUAAUUCCCCCAACAUCAGUCCCCGAUGCAGCCCAGGCACUCAGCAGCCUACAGAUGUUGCUCCAGCCCGACACCCAGCCUCUGAGUCCCCAACAAGGCCUCGUAGUGGGUGCCCCAACUAUCGCGACUCCUGCAUUUCUGGUGCCCCAGAGGCCACCCAAACCAGACCACUUGAAGUCCGGACUGCUUCCGAGUCCCUUUCCCUCCCUCCCCCCGCCCUCUGAAGAGCAAGGCACACAGCCUGCAGUUGCUAAAGCUCAUCCGUCAUCGUUUGCUGGAGGUACAACUCUCACUGAACCCGGUGUAGAUACAGGUGUCCCUCAGACUGGUGGUUUAUACCCUGAGACUGGUUCUAAUGUAGCUGGAAACUCCACACUCAUUCCCAGCGACCCUCUGCCAGGUGAUAAUCAGGUGGUCACAAGCUCUCCUGGUCAUUUGUCACUGCAGUCAUCGACUGACUCUCCUCUUCCUCCUCCCACCACCUCUCCAGUGGUGUGGGCAACUGCAACAACUGGUGUGGGUGGGAGUAGGGAAGACACACCUCUGUAUCCUCCCACUUCCAGCACACCAGCUAUCCCACACUCUGUUUCAGCCGAGGGUACACAACAUCCAGUACCCCUGCAAGACCUUGGGCUGUCUCAGACCCAAUCUGUUCUGCCAAUGUCCCCUCCUUACCACCAUACCAACAUCAAUAUCCUGCCAGGUGAAGUGACUGUGGCUACUAGCUCAAUACUGGGACCGAUCACUUCGGCUCUUGCAGUUGAACCCGCCACAACUUCUCCCGCAUCUACUCUGGGAAUGCAAGCCCCGCCAAUGCAACCAGCUGUUGGUGCUCUGCCAGCACCCGAUGCAAGGGGGCAGGCUCAAACUGCAAUGAGCCUCCCAAAUCUCGGAGAUACUUUUGCUUCAGGUUCGGGCAGUCUCCCAUCAUCUGGCAAUCAAUCAGGAGUGCCUAGCACAGACCCCAGUAGCAACCAGUACACCCAAUCUCAAGAUGAGACCGUUACUGGUGGCUCGCUGCAAUCUGAUACACCAGCAACGAAUGACGAUACUUCACCAGCACGUUUAUGGCCAGGCAAUGUUCAGAGAGAUCUAUCAGAGCCUCAGUCAACUUCCAGCAAUGCCAGUGUUUCAGGGAGCUCUCCUCGGGUGCAAUUUCCUCAAACAGGACCGAGUUUGCAAACAAUGGCCCUCCCCGAAAUUGAAUCUCAACACCAGUCGACAGCAGCUGUUGAUCCUCCAGGUGCUGGUCCUGGUUCCUUUUCCGUGCUCGGUAGCACCGAUGCCAAUCUAACCACCACAUUACCCAACACUACUCAAAUGUCGUCUGCUGGUGCAGCAACACCACCUGGUAGUACCUCAAUACAAUCUGACGUCACUGCUGGUGAUCCUACUUCCCCUGCUACUGCUCACACCAUCUGCUACCAAAAUUCCACCGUCUGUUUCUGCAAUGUCCCCAGUGGGUAUGCCAAGGCUCCCAAGUGUGAUGCCUCUACCACUGACAACUCUUGAGUCUCUCACUGCUCCACUCGAGGCUCCAACAGACAGCACUCCUAUCGCCACUGAACUGAUACUAGAGAGCCUGGCACCACAACCACAACAACCGUCACUGUUGGCCCUUCAGCAGAUCCAGGCACUGCAACAGAAUCUCGAAGACCAGAAACAAGUAAUUGAAGCGCACAGGGCUGAGAAAGAGGGUCACGUGAAGCAAGAAGCGGCCUACCAGCAACAGAUAGCACAGCUCCAACAGCAGUUGCACAUGCUGCAGCUCAACCAGGAGCAGGAGAAGGCUGCAGCAUCGGACCAACAGUCGGCACUCAUGAAACUUCUCCACCAGCAACAGGACAUGUUCUCCCAGCAGCAGAGCCAGAUGGAGAAGCUGAGUCAACAAGACGAGUCCCACAGGAAAGAGUACCUCCACGUGGAGGAAAAGUUCCGGGAGAGCCUGCGAGUUGAGCAGGAAAUGAAGGUGUCCCUCCAGAGCCAGAUCCUGCAGCUGAUGCAGGAAAACCAGAAGCUGAACCAGACGCUUCAGAGCCAAUCCCAGCAGGUUCAGGCACUCCAGCUCCAGCUACAGCAGUACAACAUCCACAUCCAGGAGCGGGACAAGCAACUGGUGGCCUUCAAGGACCAACACAAGGAGAUAGUGGACAAGUUGGAGCAGAGGUCUCAGCAGAAGGUGGCCCAACUCGUGCAGAGGAUCCAGGAGUUGCAGCUUCAGCUGAACCAGCGCCCGACGCUCCCACAGCCUCUCCAGCCAACUGUGGUCCACAGACCACCUCAGCAGUUACAGCAACAGAAUCUUCAGCAGAAUCAGGACCUCGGUCCUGCAGGGCUCGGGCAACAACCGAGCUUGCCUCGACCGCUACAACCUAACUUUGCACAUCCAAUGAGGCCACCCCAUUCUCCAGUGGCACCACCUAGUAGACCUCCUCAGGCAUCUGGGGUACCACCAGGGCCGGUACCGAGAGCUCAAACUACCCCUCCAACAGGUGACCCAAUGACGACAAACUUACCAUCAAUGAGACCGUCGUCCUCCCAGCCACAGCCUCUGCAAGCACCACUGGUUCCAAUGCAAGUGCAUCCACAGAACAUUCCGCGCCCAGCAGGCGUAUCACAUGUAACAAUCCGGCCACCUUCCACAAUGCCAAUGCAGCAACAGCACCGCUCACAGCAUCCUGAUGCUUCCCAAAGCCAGGCACCAAGCACCGCUCAUAUGCAGGGGCAAGUCAGGCCAGGCAGUUUACCACCUUCCCAGCAAGGUCCUCCACCUCCUAGUGGGCCUCAUGCUCAACCACCACCUAUGCCACAGUCUACACCACAGACUCCAUCAACUCCAGGUGGAGUGGGAGCGCUGCAUCCUGUAUCACACAGUGGGACUCCACCGAGACCGGGGUUUCACCCUCCCCUCCAGUCCCAGGCAUCGUAUCCAGGAGCUCCUAUCCAACAACAGCAACACCACCAACAACUACAACAGCAACACCAUCACCAACAACAACAACACAACAGCAACACCUACAACAGCAGAUGCAGCAGCAUCUUCAACCAGUAUCUGGUGCCGUCUUCAACUCACCUUCGAACCCUUCCAUGCCCCAGUAUCAGCAGGCAGUGAUGCCUCGUCCAAUGACGCAACAACAGCUGCCGGCUCAGCAGCCCCACAUGAUGGGACCAAGGUUCCCUCCGCAAAGCAUGAGACCAGGACUACCUGGAGCCCAGCAGCCUAUGCAACCAAUGCCUACUUCUGUUGGCCAACCCUCCUAUGCCCCACGUGGACCUCAAGUAGUGCACCCAUACCAUCCACAGUAUCCUGGGCAUGCACCCUGAUUCCUUGUUUUACAUCACAGAGUUUUUGAAGCAUUGUGAUUCUCGUACGAUAUUAUGUUGUGUUGCAAUGAAAGAUGUU